AUGCCAGGUAUUAGCGAAAGGCCCCGACCACUUCGCUGUGCCACCCUUCCAACCCUCGCCGCUUCGCUGUGCUACCCUGCCAUCCCUCACCGCUUCGCUGGUACACCCUUCCAUCCCUCAUCGCUUCGCUGUGCCACCCUUACAACCCUCACCGCUUCGCUGUGCCACCUGUCCAUCCCUGAUCGCUUCGCUAUGCCACCCUUCCAUCCCUCACCGCUUCGCUGUGCCACCCUUCCAUUCCUAACCGCUUUGCUGUGCCACCCUUCCAUCCCUCACCGCUUUGCUGUGCCACCCUUCCAUCCCUCACCGCUUCGCUAUCCCACCCUUCCAUCCCUCACCGCUUUGCUGUGCCACCCUUCCAUCCCUCACCGCUUUCCUGUGCCACCCUUCCAUCCCUCACCGCUUUGCUGUGCCACCCUUCCAUCCCUCACCGCUUCGCUAUCCCACCCUUCCAUCCCUCACCGCUUUGCUGUGCCACCUUUCCAUCCCUCAUCGCUUUGCUGUGCCACCCUUCCAUCCCUCACCGCUUCGCUAUGCCACCCUUCCAACCCUCACCGCUUCGCUCUGCCACCCUUCCAUCCCUCAUCGCUUCGCUAUGCCACCCUUCCAUCCCUCACCGCUUCGCUGUGCCACCCUUCCAUCCCUCCCCGCUUCGCUGUGCCACCCUUCCAACCCUCACCGUUUUGCUGGUACACCCUUCCAUCCCUCACCGCUUCGUUGUGCCACCCUUCCUCUCUCACCGCUUCGCUGUGCCACCCUUCCAACCCUCAUCGUUUUGCUGGUACACUCUUCCAUCCCUCACCGCUUCGCUGUGCCACCCUUCCAUCCCUCAUCGCUUCGCUGUGCAACCCUUCCAUCCCUCACCGCUUUGCUGUGCCACCCUUCCAUCCCUCAUCGCUUCGCUGUGCCACCCUUCCAACCCUCACCGCUUCGCUGUGCCACCCUUCCAACCCUCACCGCUUCGCUGUGCCACCUUUCCAUCCCUCACCGCAUCGCGGUGCCACCCUUCCAACCCUCACCGCUUCGCUGUGCCACCCUUCCAUCCCUCACCGCUUUGAUGUACCACCCUUCCAACCCUCAUCGCUUCGCUGUGCCACCCGUCCAUCCCUCACCGCUUCGCUGUGCCACCCUUCCAUCCCUCACCGCUUUGCUGUGCCACCCUUCCAACCCUCAUCGCUUCGCUGUGCCACCCUUCCAUCCCUCGACGCUUAA